CUGACCUGGAGGACAGGUGCCUGAAAGCCCCUGGCAGGACCAGUUGAAGGUCAUUUUGCUGCUUCAUCAGAAAUUUGGGAUUCUUUGAGUGCCUAGCAUUGAUCAGCUCCCAGCAUGGACAGUGAAGACACCAUCACUGAAGAGGUCUGCAGGGAGGACGACGUCGGGGAUGGAGAGCUCCUGGAGGUGAUGGUGGCUGGGUACCCAGUGCUGCUGGUGAGGAACAGGAAGGAAUUCCGUGCUCUAGGCAGCAAAUGUCCCCACUACGGUGCCCCACUGAGCAAAGGGGUUUUGAGAGGGGAGAGGCUGCGCUGCCCCUGGCACGGGGCCUGCUUUAACAUCAGGACUGGAGACAUUGAGGAAUACCCUGCUCUGGACUGUAUCUCCUGCUUUAAGGUAACAGUGGAAGAUGGAAAGGUGUUUAUCACAGCGAAAAAGAAGGACCUGGAAAGCAGCCUGAGGGUGAAGGACACAAGCAGGAGGUGCCUCCUCAACAAGAACACGAUGCUGCUGCUGGGGGGAGGUGUGGCUGCCCUGGUGUGUGCAGAGACUCUUCGCCAGGAGGGAUUCACUGGCAGGAUCAUCAUGGCCACCAAUGAGAAACACGUUCCCUAUGACAAGUCCAAACUGAGCAAGGAAAUGAACUUGAAAGCUGAGGACAUCUACCUGAGGAAAUCUGAAUUCCUUGAGGCUCGGGGCAUAGAGUUCUGGACAGAGAAAGAGGCAGUGUCAGUGGAUUUCCAGAAGCAGAAGGUUCACUUCGUGGAUGGGUCCUCUCAGAAGUACCACCAGCUGCUCAUUGCAACAGGCAGCCACUCUGGUUUCCUCAAAGUCCCAGGUGCAGAACUGCAGAAUGUAUACACACUCCAAACUCCAGAAGAGUCCAGGAAGAUCUUGGAGCUGUCAACUGGGAAGAAUCUAGUGAUUGUAGGAGCUUCAUUCAUAGGAAUGGAGGUGGCUGCUUUCCUCUCAGACAAGGCUGGAACCAUCUCGGUGGUGGAAAGAGAAGAGUUCCCUUACCAGCAUGCCCUGGGUCCUCAGGUUGGAGGUGUUGCUAUGAAGAUGCUGCAAAAUAAAGGGGUGAAGUUCCACAUGAAAACAGAACUCUGUGAGCUGAAAGGGAAGGAUGGAAAGGUCACAGAGGCUGUUCUUGCCAACGGAGAGAGUCUCCCUGCAGAUGUGGUAGUGGUGGGAAUAGGAUCAAUCCCCAACUCAGUGUUUCUGAAGGGCACCUCCAUUGCCAGAGAUGACAAAGGUGCCAUCCUGGUGAAUCUGCACAUGCAAACCAACAUCCCGAAUGUUUUUGCUGCGGGGGAUGUUGUCACCUUCCCGGUGGCACUGCUCGGUGGGGACAGCUCCAGCAUCCGCCACCAGCAAGUGGCUGAGGCCCACGGUCACUGUGCUGCGUUAAACAUGCUGAAGAGAGGGAAGGAGUUGCACACUGUUCCUUACUUCUGGACCACAUUGCUUGGGAAAAGCAUCCGCUAUGCAGGCUGUGGGAAGGGAUACACAGACACUGUUGUGAAGGGCAGCCUGGAGCAACAGAAAUUCCUGAUUUUUUACAUCAGGGAUGGCCAUGUGACUGCAGCUGCCAGCCUGAACUGCGACCCCAUGGUGUCUCUGAUUGCAGAAGUUUUGUACUUGGGGAAACAAAUCUCCAAAGAAGAAGCAGAGGCCUGUGACAUUGGUAACAUCCCCUCACUGGCACAAAGCCCCUUGUGAGGGGCUCACAACCAAGUGUUAAUAGCUCCACAUCCUCC